AUGGUGCCUGCUAGAAAUAAACUUUCUUUGGGGCUUGCCUUAUCUAUUGGGGCGUCUGUUGCUGGAGCUUUAGUCUUAUUUUUAGGCCGUAAGAAAAUCUUCGCAGAAAAUCUAGAAAUUUAUAAUGAGUUAUACCCUCAGCAAGUUGUAAAUUCUUCCGUUAAGUUCUUGUCCGAGAAACCCGAUUCGUACUUUUCAAAAUGGGAUUACAACUGGGAUAAAAAAAAUGAGCAUUACGAAAAAAGCAAGCUUAAAGGUCAUAGAAUAAACAAAAAUGUCACUCGCAGCAUUUAUCUUGUGCGUCAUGGGCAGUAUUAUCAAGAUAGAAAAGAUCUUAAGUUAUCUGAAAAGGGAAUCCAGCAAGCAAAGCUCACGGGACAAGCCUUGAGAAGACUUCCUUUUCAUUUUGAUCGUGUCUAUUGCAGUUCACUAACGCGCGCUAAAGAAACGUGCAAUAUCAUUCUUAAAGAACUUUGUUACUUUGAUGAGCGCGAUGUGAACUAUAGCGACUUAUUUUGUGAAGGAUUUCCUGUUGAGCCCGAACCGUCUCCUUCUGCUAUGCUUUGCGACCAAUCAGAAUAUUUCGUGGAGGGUGCCCGGCUAGAGGCUGCUUUCAGACGUCUAUUUAGGAGACCUUCUCCCGACCAACAAGAAACCGUUAACGAACUCUUGGUUGCUCAUGGGAACGUAAUCAGAUUUAUGGUUUGUCGGGCGUUGCAGUUGCCUCCUGAAAUGUGGCUAAGACUUGCGAUCUCCAACUGCGCUGUCACACGAAUUGACAUCGCUAAGUCAGGUCGAGUUACCUUGCGCUUUCUGGGUGAGAUUGGCCACUUGGACCAUCAACUACACUCAUAUAACUGA